CGAAAGAAGUCAUAAUCUGCUAAGAUUAAUAGAAUGACAGUAAAAGAUGGGUCAAUUACAAAACAUGCUAGUGGUUCAAUCAAAAUUGAGAUUCAUGAGGAUCGAUUGACAAAGAAGUUAGGUAGGCCACCAAAUAAGAUUGAAGUAUUUCGAGCAACUCACACCAAAAAGGGUGCUGAUGGUGUAUUCAUUGAUGGCAAAUCACAACGGGUCGAUGAAGAUUAUGCAAGUGCAAUUGUGGAGAAAUAUGGUUCUAAUUCUGAAUCCCCACCAAUAUUUGAUAUGGAUAAGUGGAUAGAAGUAUCUGGAGGCUUUAAUAAAGAAAUGGUGUAUGGUUUUGGGUCUUCUGCAAAAUCUCAAACAAGUGGAUCAUCUACCUCUCAAUCAUGCAGAUUUGCUUAUCCUGGGUCAUCUUCUCAGCCUGCGAUGACACAAGAGGAAAUUCAACAACUUAUAGCUGAAAAAGCAUCACGAAUGAGGGCAGAGAUGAUGGCUGAAAUACUUGAUCAGGUGCGAAAGGAGUUAAAGACCACAGGUGGUACUCAGUUUGCAACAUCUUCACAUCCAACCACUUCAGACUCUACAAAUCCAUAG